AUGAUUGAUGAACAAUCCACGUCAGGAAAUCUUCCCAAUUCUCUCGCCUCAAGUUACUCUCGAUCUGUACCAGAUUUUAUGGGCCGUAAGCGCAGUCAUAAAUCAUUUUCUCAACUCACCUUAGAAAGCAACAAUCGACGCUGUGGUCUGGUGUUCUUUGAUCAAGAUCUUGACAACCACAAAUUCCAUUCAUCAAACAGUAUGGACAAAAAAUCAAGCAAGUCCAAUUGGAUACGGGGUCAAUACUCAGAUUGCUGGUGGGUAUCGAAUUUCAAGGAAGAAGAUCUUCAGGAGAAGAAAUGUCCCGCGUCACCCUCACUAGGUCAUGGUUCCGCCUCCACAACAUCAGAUGAUUUCUUCUCUUAUAGGGAGUCAAAUGACGACUCUCACUCUUCUAGUGGCCUUGGAACCCCUUCUUCUACUCAAAGUACGGCUUGUGGUUCAUUUGCCAGUAGGAAAACUAUCUCACUUCGAACACCCUGCAACAAAAUGAUUACAUAUUAUGAUAAACCUCUUCCUCCGCCUAAAUGCCCUCUUCCACCUAUUCCUCAUUCUGAUCACCCUUGUCAACCCUCGCCCGUCAUUCAACAUACAUCCGAGAAACCUAAAGUUCAAAUGAACAUCACACCUAGUACUACUAACUCUACCUUACCAAAAUAUCUACGUCGGCCAAUAUCCUUUAUCACACCUAAGCCUCGGGAAAGUAGUCCUAUACGUUCCGCUCCGAUUGUGACCUCUCCCUUGUCUUCGCGCAUAAAUCCACGUCCAUGCAUUACUCCAGACUUGAAGCGUUUGGGCAAUUCUAGUACUUACUCGUUCAUCUUACCUAAAUCUGACAUACUCAAGUCAUCGGGAAAACGAUGGAAGAUCAAUAAAUCGACUUCCUCACGCUUUCGUUCCUCACCUCCCCCACCAACCACCAAGGCGAGACGUUCAAGUUUGGGAAGUUUGACCGAUGACCCUUUUAGGGCUGAUCCGUUGGUAAUCUACAAGUAUCGACCAACAUUUACUCCGAUAAAUUCUUCGGUUUCCGAUCAAGACGAAUCAUGUUCACCUCGUCCUGAUAGAAAUCUGAUUGAAAGCUCAGAAAGAUCUACAUCACCUUCGACUAAUCCAUCUUCUAUUUGUGAAUUAACUGAUUCAGUAUCUUGUUAUCAUACAGCUGAAACUGAGAUUUCUGAAUCAACUAUUCAAACAAUUGAAGAAUCUGAAAUCAUAAAAGAAAAAGAUAAUUUAUCUAAUUUUCCAGAAACUUUUGUUUUCGCUCCAUUAAGUAGACUUGAUGGCUUUUUCAAUAGUCAUCCUAGAAGAAGAUCAGGAAUCCCAUCAAAAGCUUUUACAUUACAAAUCUCACCUGGACCAAGUAAAACAACCUUUAAACCUGGUGAUCAAUUCAAACUUGGUAUUAUACUUGGAAAUCAACAAUUUGAUGAAAUCCGAGUUAAUUUAAUUGGAACUUCUACUUCUACUCGUGGUAAUCGAGUUUUACAUGAAUUUCUUAAGAUGGAAGAAAAACUAAUUGAAGAUAAAGAAGAAAUACAAUUAAUGAUUCCUUUACAAAGAUCUUGCCUUUGUGGUGAAUGUGAGAAGGAAAAAGGAGUUUUACCAGAUAGUUUAGUUAAUGAAAACGUUUUUGUUUCUUAUCAUUUAAAUGUUAGAGGAAUUAAAAAAGCUCGUUGGUCUAGAGAUGAAAAGGUUCAAGUUAGCUUAAUGGUCAAAUCGAAUCACCUUUUCUCCUAG